AUGAAGUUCUUCUCCAUCACCGCCAACUUUGUGGCUAUCGCUGCCCUCGUUGUCGUCGCUAACGCCAGCCCCGCUCCGGAUGCUCCGGCCAGCUUCCUCUGGAGUGACGCUGAGUUUGAUCACUGGCUUGCCACCACCGACGCCAACAUCACCUACGUAGGCGAGCCUUACAACCCGCUCGAAGAAAGGGCAAUUUUGGCUACCCGUGUCACCUACUGUAGCCGCAGGAUCCACAAAGUCUGUGGUGGCUCCUGCACCGUCUACCGCGGGGGUGCCAAGUGCCUCAAUGCACCUAGGACUGAUUGCCUCGCGGCGACCAAGAAUGUCGCGUUUUGCAGCAGUGCUAAGUGUGGUGGGGACUGCAACCAGCUCUCUACCUGCGGUACCCGCCUCAGUGGCGGGUUCUGCUACACCCCGGGCACUAAAUCCAUCCUCGUUAGCGGCAACAACUAG